AUGCUUUCAAAUGGUGUUCUUUACAAGGGGUCAAUGCAGAAGGGGACGCUCUGGUGCUUCAGCCUGUGCAUUUUCUUGUCAGGUGUAAUGAAUAGCGGUGGAAAAGGUAUUUCUGUGCCUUUGACGGAAGCAACCGCCUACCCAGAGUUUCAAUUUGCGAGUGGCUGUCGAGCACAAAUUCCGACUUCCGCUGGGAAGCAGACACCCAAAAGCCUUAAUGCAAGUCCUGCUAUCGCUCACAUCGUCCAAGUCAUUAGGACGGUGGAGGCUAUUGCAGCAGUCUCCACGGAGCUCAUUGCGGAGUUCAGCGCGGCCACCGUCGAGAUUGCGGCCGAUAAGACCAGCGGGGAAGUAUCUGCCCAUCCCUGGGUGGUUGCCACCGGCCCCCCCUACUUCUGCCGACCCCGCGCCUUCCAAGAGCUCUUGUGGGAGUUGCGGUCUAUCCGAGACAUUGCGCUCUGCCUCGUCGCUACUCCCGGGGGAUUCGAAGGGCCCGGGGGACGGCGAGACAAGUCGAAUGAACGAAGCACACAUCGGGUGGGAGAAGAAAAAGCGUCGAGAGGGAAAGAAGUGCAGAAGCGGGGGAGGGCAGAAGAAGAACGGAAGCUGAAGGCGGAAGAAAAAGCGAGAGAACUUGCGGAGGAAAAGCGAAGGCGGAAGGUGGAGAAGCAAGAAGCGCGCCGGGCGGAGGAAGAUCAGAGGUGGAAGGCGGAAGAAGAUCGGAGGCUGGCGGAGAAAGAAAAGCGAGCAGCGCGUCGGGCGGAGAAAGAGGGCGGAAGAAGAGCGGAGACGAAAUGCCGAGAAAGAUUAGCGCGAAGCGCGUCGAGCGGAAGCAGAUCGGAGGCGGAAGCGGAUAGGGAGCGAAGACAAGCAAGGCUAGAAUUUUUUUGCGUCGGUUUACGAAACGAGCGAAAGAAGAAGAAGAAAAAGAACGCCGGGCAAAGGCACAGCAAAGGGGGCCAGAAAAAAAGAGGGGUGGAUCGGGCGGGUAAGGCGGUCGCAGAGGUUGAGAGGAGACGGAGGAAGAGCGGGCGAAAACGAGGCAACGUGCAGGUCAAAGAGUGA